CUUUAGGAGGACCCCACCCUCAGAAAAGACAGCGGAUCUUCUUCCAAAAACAAGUGUCACUGAGCGUGUUUUCAAAGACAGAUUCGUGGUAAAGGUUAAAAGAGAAUGUCGGAACCACAAGAGAAGGUUGACAUAAGUGCCCUCAAAGACACAUUCCUGGAAUGCCCCGUGUGUGUGGAACAUUUCAACCAGACAGACCGCCGUCCUCGUCUCCUCCACUCCUGCCUCCAUGCCUUCUGCACACAGUGUCUUCAGCAGCUUCUUGACAAGGAGGGGAAAGGUCAGAUCACAUGUCCGCUAUGUCGUCAAGUCCACAAGAUCCCAGGAGAGCCUGGCACUUUGCCUGUGGAUCCGGUCAGAGCAAAACUUGUAGAUUUUGUGCAGAUCAAAAACGAAGGAAAAGCUCCAUGCACAGACUGCCCCGCAGGAAGCCCAGCAGAGUCAAGGUGCCAGGAGUGUUCUGUAUAUCUGUGUAAGGAAUGCGCAUGUGUACACAGACGUCAUCGACUGACUCAUGACCAUCCCGUCAUAUCCCUGAGUGGAGUGCUAGAACAGCCUCUGAACACAUUCGCCCAGGGUCACUUCUGCACUCAUCAUCCAAAACACCAGCUGGAGUUCUUUUGUGCUAGUGAUGAAACGCUGUGUUGCCUUUCUUGCACAGCUGUGGAACAUAAGGGCCACGACUUCCAGAAACUAGAUGAAGCAGCUAAGAAACGACAAACGGAAUUGGAAGCAUCGAUGCUGGCCGUCAACGUAAAUGUCCAACAACUGCGUCAGAGGCGACUGUCUGAAGAAAGACGUCAAACUGCUAUCGCGGAGGCCCAGGCAAAGGCCAAAUCCGAUGUGAACACACACUUUACAAGACUGAUACGCAUAAUCAAUGAAAGAAAGUCACAUCUGGUCCGGGAUAUCGACGAAAGAAGUAGUACAAUGUUGUCUCUGUCUAAGAAAGAAGUAGAAGCGAUAGACCAAACUCUUGCUGUUGCGGAGUCAACUGAAACGUACUUCACUCAAGCCAAGGAGAAGGCUGGUGUUGUGGAAAUUCUUCAGAUGUAUCCUGCCAUCAAGAGAAGUUUGGAUGCAGCAGCCGAUGGGCAAGGUCGACAAACGGCACCGGAAGUUGUGAUGACAUUUACUCUCACAAAUGGAAAUAUUGUCGAAAAAUUGGGAUCAGAAGUAGGUUGCGUGAGCGAGUCUACUGAGACUCAGAAAGAAAAUGAUCAACUUCUACUGUCUUUAGAUGAAGUAUUUGAUGCUGCUUUGAAAUACAAAAGCAAGAAGAAACUUAUGAAACAUUGUGAAGAGAAGUCUUACUCCAAUGAAAGAGAAACGUGCGCUAUCUGUGAGAAUCAUAUCGAAGAUGCAAAGAGGAUACGGUGCGGGCACCGUUUCUGUAAGGGCUGCAUUGACCAGGUGCUCAGUAGGCAACCAAAUUGCCCUGUGUGUUGCAAAGUUCGAUAUCCGGUUUCAUCGUUUUCCGAACUUGGGGACCCUAACGAUGACUACGAACAGUAUCAGGUGGACCCUGACGACUGUGAUGAUGACAAACAGUAUCAGGUACUAAGUAUUCUUUUAUAGUAGACUUUACCUUUAAUG